GUAGUCAAUAAAACUAAAUCAAAAAUAAAAAAUAAUAGACAUUUUCAAAGGGAAGUUUCUUCUUUCAACUUGAAAAUACAUCAAAACUUGAAUCCCACCCCAGUGAUUUACAGACAAUCGAUCGAAAAAACACAGAAAGAUGGGGGGUGAAUCUGAUGGUAUUCUCACUUAUUUGUGAAGAAUAUCCUUUCAUCGUCUCCUUCGUCUACGAGAAAGGGCAGGAUAUUGAUGGCGGGGUGGGAUAGGGUUCAAUCUUCUUCGAGAUCGGGUUUUACCAGAAACUCGUCUGAGUUGAAUCAGUCAUCUUCGCCUCAGACGGUUCGACUCGGCCGUGUUCAACCUCAAGCACCUUCUCACCGCACCAUCUUUUGUAAUGACCGUGAUGCUAAUGCUCUUACAAAAUUCAAGGGAAAUUCUGUGUCAACAACGAAGUACAAUGUCCUAACUUUUUUGCCCAAAGGGUUGUUUGAACAGUUCAGACGGGUGGCUAAUUUGUACUUCCUUACAAUCUCCAUUCUGUCAUGGACACCUAUGAGUCCUGUGAGUCCAAUAACAAAUGUGGCCCCUCUAAGCAUUGUUCUUUUUAUCUCUCUCGUGAAAGAGGCAUUUGAAGAUUGGAAACGAUUUCAGAAUGAUUUGUCUGUCAACAACACCUUAAUAGAUGUACUACAAGGACAAAGGUGGGAAACCGUUCCUUGGAAAAAGUUGCAAGUCGGUGACAUUGUGCGUGUCAAGCAAGAUGGCUUUUUCCCAGCAGACAUUCUUUUUCUUGCGAGCUCUAAUGCAGAUGGCGUUUGUUAUGUUGAGACGUCAAAUUUGGAUGGUGAAACCAACUUGAAGAUUAGGAAAGCAUUGGAAAAGACAUGGGAUUACUUGAUGCCGGAGAAGGCCUCUGAAUUCAAAGGUGAAGUACAUUGUGAACAACCGAAUAAUUCUUUGUACACUUUCACCGGAAACCUUAUUAUUCAACAUCAGACUUUACCUCUAUCGCCAAACCAGCUUUUGCUGAGAGGUUGCAGUUUGAGAAAUACAGAAUAUAUUAUUGGUGCUGUGAUUUAUACUGGGCAUGAGACUAAGGUUAUGAUGAAUACCAUGAAUGUUCCUUCAAAGAGAAGUACCUUGGAAAGGAAGCUUGACAAAUUAAUUCUUGCUCUUUUUGCCACUUUAUUUAUGAUGUGCCUUAUUGGAUCAAUAGGCAGUGGUGUAUUCAUAGACAACAAAUACUUUUUUUUGGGACUUGUAAACGGAGAAAAACCUGAUGAUCGCCAAUUUGAUCCAAGGAACAGAUUUUUGGUGGUCAUCUUGACUAUGUUUACAUUGAUCACUCUACUUUCAACUAUUAUCCCUAUAUCGCUUUAUGUUUCAAUUGAGGGGAUUAAAUUUAUACAGUCCAUUCAAUUCAUUAAUAAUGAUUUGAAUAUGUAUCAUGCUGAAACAAAUACACCAGCGUUGGCCAGGACAUCAAAUUUAAAUGAAGAACUUGGACAGGUUGAAUACAUAUUUUCUGACAAAACUGGGACUCUUACACGAAACUUGAUGGAAUUUUUUAAAUGUUCAAUUGGGGGUCAAGUCUAUGGAACUGGUAUCACUGAAAUAGAGAGGGGUUUGGCAGAACGCAGUGGCACUAAACUCCCAGAGGUGCCUAAAUCAACUAAUGCAAUCCAAGAAAAGGGGUUUAAUUUUGACGAUUCUAGGCUUAUGCGUGGUGCAUGGAGAAACGAACCUAAUCCUGAUAUGUGCAAGGAGUUCUUCAGGUGCCUUGCAAUAUGUCACACUGUGCUUACUGAAGGGGAUGAGUCUCCAGAGAAAAUUGUAUACCAAGCGGCUUCUCCAGAUGAGGCAGCUCUAGUUCUUGCAGCUAAGAAUUUUGGCUUCUUCUUUUUCAGGCGUACACCAACAAAAAUAUAUGUGCGAGAGUCUCAUGUUGAAAAGAUGGGUAAAGUUGAAGACGUGCCUUAUGAAAUUUUGAACGUUCUUGAGUUUAAUAGUACACGGAAACGCCAGUCUGUUGUAUGUCGAUAUCCUGAUGGAAGGCUUGUUUUGUACUGCAAGGGUGCUGAUACAGUAAUAUAUGAGAGAUUGCGAGAAGGGAAUGACGAUAUGAAGAAAGCUUCUAGAGAGCACUUGGAACAGUUUGGUUCUUCUGGGUUACGUACACUGUGCCUGGCGUAUAGGAAUUUGAAUUCAGAUGUUUAUGAAACCUGGAAUGAAAAAUUUAUUCAGGCUAAAUCUUCUUUGCGAGACCGGGAAAAGAAGCUGGAUGAGGUAGCUGAACUUAUAGAGAAGGAUCUUAUUUUGAUUGGCUGCACAGCUAUUGAAGAUAAGCUUCAAGAAGGGGUGCCUAAUUGUAUAGAGAUGCUAGCAAGGGCUGGAAUAAAGAUUUGGGUGCUCACAGGGGAUAAAAUGGAAACAGCCAUAAAUAUUGCUUAUGCGUGCAACUUGAUAAACAAUAGCAUGAAGCAGUUUAUUGUUAGUUCUGAUACAGAUGAAAUUAGAGAAGUGGAAGACAGAGGUGAUCCUGUGGAAACUGCCCGAUUUAUCAGAGAUGCUGUCAAAAGACAGCUGCAAAACUGCAUUGAUGAAGCCCAGCAAGUUCUUCGUUCUGUUGUUGGACCAAAACUAGCACUUGUAAUAGAUGGAAAAUGCCUAAUGUAUGCAUUAGAUCCAAGUUUGAGGGGAGCACUCCUGAAUCUAAGCUUAAAUUGCUCUUCGGUUGUCUGUUGUCGAGUUUCUCCACUGCAGAAAGCACAGGUGACAACCUUGGUGAAGAAAGGUGCGAAAAAGAUUACAUUAAGUAUUGGCGAUGGAGCCAAUGAUGUUAGUAUGAUUCAAGCCGCUCAUGUUGGUGUUGGGAUUAGUGGGUUGGAAGGCAUGCAGGCUGUUAUGGCUAGUGAUUUUGCAAUUGCACAGUUUCGCUUUCUCACGGACUUGUUACUUGUGCAUGGAAGGUGGUCAUAUAUAAGAAUAUGCAAGGUUGUAACAUAUUUCUUUUACAAGAAUCUGACUUUUACAUUGACUCAAUUCUGGUUCACCCUUCAAGCUGGGUUUUCUGGUCAAAGAUAUUAUGAUGAUUGGUUUCAAGCAUUUUAUAAUGUCUUUUUCACAUCACUGCCUGUGCUUAUGCUUGGACUAUUUGACAAGGAUGUUAGUGCAUCUCUUUCAAAGAAAUACCCCCAGCUGUACAAGGAAGGGUUGAGAAAUGUCUUUUUCAGUUGGAGAGUUGUUGCUAUUUGGGCCUUCUUCUCAGUGUAUCAGUCUCUCAUCUUCUUCUAUUUUAUAACCACAUCUGGUUCAAAGCCUCAAACAUCAGCCGGCAAGAUGUUUGGUUUGUGGGAUAUCAGCACAUUGGCAUUCACCUGUGUGGUCGUCACUGUUAAUUUACGUCUUCUAUUGUGCUGUAAUAGCAUAACGAGGUGGCAUCAUAUAAGUGUUUGGGGGAGCAUCAUAGCGUGGUUCCUUUUCAUAUUUGGCUACUCUGGUAUCAUGACUAACGGGGACCGGCAGGAAAAUAUCUACUAUGUCAUAUUCGUCUUAAUGAGUACACCAUAUUUCUAUCUUGCACUAUUUCUUGUUCCUGUUGUGGCUCUUAUAGGGGAUUUCCUUUAUCAAGGGCUACAGAGAUGGUUUUCUCCUUAUGAUUAUCAGAUUGUACAAGAGAUGCAUUGGCAUGACCCUGAUGAUAGCCUGAGGGCACAGUUUCUGGAAGUUCAGGAUCAUCUCACUCCAGAAGAGCAUAGGAGUUAUGCUCUGUCUCAACUCCCCGCACAGAGAUCAAAGCAUACAGGUUUUGCCUUUGAUUCUCCAGGUUACGAGUCAUUCUUUGCUGCACAGGCUGGUGUUUUUGCUCCUCAGAAGCCAUGGGAUGUGGCACGGAGAGCAAGCAUGAUGAAAUCACGAGCAAAGCCACCAAAAACAUAAUUCUUUUGUCUUUUUGUACAAAAAAAGAAAUAGAUUUUCUUCAGGCGCAUUGGUAGGUGAUUGUGUUAUUUGUUUUCUGUUUAAUCCUUUCUCUCUUUGCUUUUAGUUGCUAUCACAUUUUUGAUGUAGCAAACGUUCAACCUACAUAUAACAGUGGGUUAGGAGAUUGUAAAAUUUCGGUAAUAUUACAAGGAUCAAUUCAGCUACAGUUUUCUAUC